CCACUGAGAAGACUCCAACACUGUGUCCAGAAAAGUGCCAAAAACAUCAACUGGUAUGCGCAACAGUAUCCUGCCUGGACAAAUGUCUGGAGUGCACAGGAUCUGUAUCUGCAUUUAAAUGGCUUGGAUAUAAAUGCACAGCGUGUUCUGGGAUCUGGCAUAAAUCUUGCUUCAAACAAUUUAUAGAUAAUCAACUCAAAUGCUCAUCUAGGGUAUCGGAUUCUUGUCGUUCUGAGGAUGAGCUGUUUACAGACAAACAAGAUUUAAAAGACAACGCAUCAGAUGAAGAUAGGCUCACUGAAUGUGAUAUGUUAUCAGGGACUGAUGAGGAUUAUGUACCAAAUUCCGAGUCGGAAAGUGAUAAUGGUUCAGACAUAAGCAUCCAGCUUCCUAAGGAAGUUCCAGCUGAUUUUGCUGUAUCAUCAGAUGCUGCGGCAACAUUGAAUGCUGAAGAUCCAUCUCAGGAAAUACCUGAGGUUGAGAAAGAUGUACCAGUACCAGCAUCUCUGACAAUGAUUAGUAAAAAUUAUUGUUUUCUUUGUGGUAAACCACAAUCAAAAAUAGCUCGGCACUUGAAAACACACAAGACACACUCUGAAAUUGAACAUGCGUUUUCAUUCCCUGCACACUCAAAAGAGCGCAGAUUAUUAUUAGAAAAACUGAGAAAUAAAGGAAAUUAUCAACAUAAUAGUGAUGUUUUAAUGAACACAACUGGAUCACUCAAAGUGAGGAGGAAACCAAGGACUGGAACCAAGGAAAUAACUGGAAAAUUCAUUCACUGCAUGUACUGCAAAGGCAUGUUUGUGCGGAAGGAGCUUUGGAGACAUGUUCGCAGAUGUCAUUGUAAGCCACAAGCAAAGGAUGAGAACCCUGGUAGAACCAAAGUACUUGGUUUGGCGACACAUGCAGAGUCUGCAUACUCUCAGCAAAUCUCAAGUGGAGUGUGGAAGCUGCUGGCUUCCAUGAAACAAGAUGAGAUUGCUUCGACUGUGCGAAAUGAUUUUUGUAUCAUUCAGCUUGCCCAGUCUCUCUAUAACAAACAUGGCCAUGACCCUACAAAAUAUGAAUAUGUAAGACAGAAACUCAGAGAAGUUGGUCGUUUUUUGUUGAUUCUACGAAAAGAAUCGUCAAUACACAGCAUGGAGGAAUCUGUUAAGCCAGCUAAUUUUUAUAGAGUUGUUCAAGCUGUUAAGAAAGUUUCGGGAUAUGAUGAAGAGAAACACUGCUACCACACACCCAGCCUAGCUUUAAAAUUAGGACAUACAUUGCAGAAAAUAAGUGAUAUAAUUCAUUGUAGGGCCCUCAUAGCAGAGGAUGGUGAACUAGUAAAGUCCACUGAAAUGUUCAAAAAGUUGUACUCCUGCAAGUGGUCUGAGCUGGUGUCACACACUGCACUGAACACAUUAAAUAAUGCUAAGUACAACAAGCCUUUGACAUUGCCCUUUACGGAAGAUGUUAAACUUCUUCACAGACACCUUCAAAAAUCUGCAAAUGACGCCAUUUGCAGCUUGAAAGAGGCAGCAACUCCUCAGAGCUAUGCUGAACUUGCAAAGGUUACCCUUUCACAAAUAAUUGUUUUCAAUAGAAGACGUUCUGGAGAAGUCUCCAAAAUGCGAAUCCAGAGUUUUCACGAGAGAGACCAAACAGACCUCCAUGAAGACAUUGCUAUGGGAUUAUCAGAGACUGAACAGAAGCUCUGCAACUAUUUCAGCCGGAUUGAGUUUGUGGGUAAAAGAGGCAGGAAAGUUGCUGUUCUACUUACACCAAUCAUGGUGGAUGCCUUGUCACUAUUGGUCAGUAAGAGACCUGAAUGCGGUGUCUGUGAUACAAAUGUAUUCUUGUUUGCAAGACCUAAAUCACUGAGCUAUUACAGAGGGCAGGACUGUUUACGCAUCCAUGCAAGUCGGUGUGGAGCAAAAAAUCCUGAGCACCUCAGGUCGACCCAACUCCGAAAACAUGUGGCUACACUGUCUCAAGUGCUCAAUUUAAAAAACAAUGAACUGGACCAACUCGCGGACUUCCUUGGUCAUGACCUCCGUGUUCAUCGCGAUUUCUACAGGUUACCUGUUCCCACCACACAACUGGCUAAAAUUUCCAAACUACUUUUGACAAUGGAAAAAGGGCAACUUUCCAGUGUGCAAGGGAAAUCGCUUGAUGAAAUCGAAAUUGAUGGUGAAAUUGAAGUAAGUGACUCUGAACUUGAUGACAAAGAUGAAAGUGAAGCUGAGGACAGUGUGUCUGCAAUAACACAGUCUGGCAUCACUGAACCUAUGGUUGAUGCAUCAGAUUGUGAUCGUAUGACUGCUGUGCCUGAAUCAGAAAUGGAUGACCAUGUGUUUUGUGCCUCUGCGGAUAUUGGCAUGGAUUUGGUAUCAUCUACCAACAUUAAUGAGAGACCUACCAUCCCUGAGGGAAGUAAUGCCAGUAAGGGCAUUGAUGUUUCAAAGAAGAAGAAGAAAGCAUGGUCCAAAGCAGAGAUUGCUGCUGUGAUGAAGCAUUUUAAAAAUCAUGUAACAAGAGGAAAGCUGGCAACUAAAAAUGAAUGCCUCCAGUGUAAACUGGCUGAGCAUCCAGUUUUAGAUGAUAGAACAACUCAAAAUAUUAGAGACUUUGUUAGGAACAGGGGUAUAACAUUGAAAAGGCAGUCAGAGAAAAAAUUAUAGAUUAUAUGGGGACUUAAUGCUAACAGCAAUCGAUGUAGUGUUUAAUUUGGCAUCCUGUCAGCAAUUUUACUGUACUGUAAGCAUAAUAUAACAUUUUGGUGAUGUUUCCAUCACUAACAUUUUUUGGGGUAUUAGUGAUCUUUUGGGUACUGCCAUGGUCAUUAAGAGCUUUUUAUUUUUAGGGACUACAUUUCUGAGUGUUUUGUCAGCAUUAACACAAUGCUAACGUCCUUCAAGGGCUUAUUCUGCCUUCAAUAGGAAAGGAACUUAUUUUUUAGGCUGUAAAUUCUUAAAACUUCACAGUAAAUUGCAUUGUUGUACUGCCUUAGUCAUUAAGAGCUUUCAAUUUUUUUGGUACUACAUUUCUGAUUUAAAGGGUUUUCAAGCAGAGCAGAGCUUUUUUGUUAAUGGUUUUAACUAAAUUUUGUAAUUCUGUACUUUUUUGUUAGAACAUUCAUAUAUUUGUUCUCUUGAAGGACUAGAGAUCAUUUAAAACAUAUUAUGCCUUGUAUAGGAAAGGAACUUAUUUUUUUAGGCUGUAAAUUUCUUAAUACUCCAUAGUAAAUUGCAUUGUUGUACUGCCUUAGUCAUUAAGAGCUUUUCAUUUUUCGGUACUACAUAUCGGAGUGCUUUAUUUAAAGGAUUUGCAAGCACUAAGCUAAUAUACUACAUAAGCCAGUGUGAUAUAUUUCUGUUGCUACAU